ACAAAUUUUCUCAACAAAGCAACGACUUUUUGCAAGAAAGCAUGGAAGACACAUUACUCUACUUGUUCCUUUUCAUUCUUUUCUUCCUAGCUUUAAAAGUCUUCCAAUCAAGAAUCCGCCGUCAAAAUCUCCCUCCAAGCCCACCCGCGAUUCCAAUUAUCGGCCACCUCAACCUCCUUAAACCGCCCAUGCACCGCACUUUCCACAGUCUAGCUGAAAAAUAUGGUCCCAUCAUUUUCCUCCGAUUCAGUUGUCGCCCUGUAGUUAUAGUCUCUUCUUCCUCUGCCGCUGAAGAAUGCUUCACCAAAAACGACAUAGUUUUUGCCAAUCGUCCAAAACUACUCACCGGCAAGCACAUAGCUUAUAACUACACUACCUUACUACAUGCACCUUACGGCGACCACUGGCGCAACCUCCGCCGCAUUGGCUCUAUUGAAAUCUUCUCAACUCAUCGCCUUAACGUGCUUCAAAGCAUUCGAAAAGACGAAAUCAAAAGACUAUUAACUAAGCUAUCUUAUCAAUCGCUGCGAGAUUUUGCAAAGGUAGAGCUAAAAUCAGUGUUUAACGAGCUAACAUUUAAUAUUAUGAUGAGAAUGAUUGCAGGGAAGAGAUAUUAUGGUGAUGAUGUUAGUAAUGAGAAAGAAGCAAGAAAAUUCAGGGAGAUGAUGAAGGAGAUCAUAACUUAUUCAGGAGUAUCAAAUCCUGGGGAUUUCAUGCCAAUCUUGAAUUGGAUUUCUGAGAGGAAGGUGAUAAUGCUUGCAAAAAAGGUAGAUAAAUUCUUGCAGGGUUUGAUCGAUGAACAUAGAAAUAAUAAGGAGAAUUUAGAGAGGAAGCAUACAAUGAUUGAUCAUCUUCUUGCUUUGCAAGAGUCGCAGCCUGAUUACUACACCGAUGAGAUUAUUAAAGGGCUCAUUCAGACCAUGCUGUUUGCUGGAACCGACACGUCAGCAGUGACAUUAGAAUGGGCAAUGUCCAAUCUCCUUAACCAACCCAGCAUACUAAGGAAGGCUAGAGAUGAGAUAGAAACUCAGGUUGGCCAAGAAUGUUUACUAGACGAGUCUCAUCUUCCCAAGUUACCCUACCUUCAAAACAUUGUCUCCGAGACCCUUCGCUUAUACCCAGCAGCUCCACUCUUAGUUCCCCACAUGUCAUCAGAUGAUUGCACCGUUGGAGGAUAUGACAUCCCGCGUGGCACCUUGCUAUUGGUCAAUGCAUGGGCCAUACACAGAGAUCCUACACUGUGGGAUGAUCCUACAAGUUUCAGGCCUGAGAGAUAUGGUGGAGGAGAAGAAGAUGUCCAUUAUAAGCUGAUGCCAUUUGGUUUGGGAAGAAGGUCCUGCCCUGGGUCUGGUUUGGCUCAGCGUGUGGUGGGAUUGACCUUAGGGUCCUUAGUCCAAUGCUUUGAAUGGGAAAGGGUGAGUGAUGAGGAGAUUGAUAUGAGAGAAGGUAGAGGGAUUACUAUGCCUAAGGCUGAACCACUAGAAGCCAUGUGCAAGGUACGCCCGUUUGCGGAAAAGAUUUUGCCUCUGGCUCAGCCAAUUUAGAAUCCAUCGGCUAAUGUUUAUAGCGCUUUCAACGACUAUUUAUUCUAUUAUCGAAUAUUGCCAUUCACUUAAAAAGAAGUGAGAUAAUGUUUUCUUUAGUACUAUUAAUUAAUUGUUUUAUGAUACUGUCUAUAUGCCUUUACUGUUA